AUGAAGAAGAAAAAGAAUGUGACUGAAUUUGUUCUAUUGGGUCUCACGAGGAACCCUGAGAUGCAGAAAGUCAUGUUUGCUAUAUGUUUAAUCACUUAUGUUAUCACUGUCAUGAGUAAUAUGCUCAUUGUGAUCACUAUUGCCUCCAGCCAGACUCUGGUCUCACCAAUGCACUUCUUUCUAGCAUUCUUGUCUCUGAUAGAUGCUUUCUACCCAUCAUCAAUGGUCCCCAAAAUGCUUGUAGAUAUGCUCCGUGAGAAGAAAACCAUCUCCUUCAAUGCGUGCAUGACCCAGCUUUUUCUAGAGCAUUUUCUUGGGACUUCUGAGAUUGUGCUCCUCAUAGUAAUGGCCUUUGACAGGUAUGUGGCCAUCUGCAGACCUCUGCACUAUAUGACAAUAAUGAACCACCGCCUUUGCUGUUUCCUCAUUGGAUUGACUUGGACAGUGAGCUUCCUGCAUUCAAUAGGACAGAUUCUCACCAUAGUCUGGCUUCCCUUCUGUGGGCCCAAUGUUAUAGAUCAUUUUAUAUGUGACGUUAUUCCCUUGAUUCAACUUGCCUGCACAGACACCUUCCUUAUAGGUCUGCUGGUUGUUGCCAAUGCAGGGUUAAUUUCAAUGAUGAGUUUCAUUGUUUUGAUGUUCUCCUAUGCCAUUAUCCUGCGUUCCCUGAAAAGUUACAGCUCUGCAGGGAGACGCAAGGCUCUAUCUACUUGUAGCUCCCACAUUACUGUAGUCAUUUUGUUCUUUGUCCCCUGUGUGUUCAUGUAUCUGCGACCAGUAACUACAUUCUCCACUGAUAAAAUUAUAACUGUGUCCUACACUCUUGUCACUCCCUUGUUAAACCCAAUUAUCUACACAGUAAGGAAUGAAGAGGUAAAAAAUGCCAUCAAGAAGUUAUGGAGUAAAAAAAUUGGCUUCAGAUUCUAA